UUGGCACUCGAGCCCUGGGACAAGAAGCGUGACAGAAGGCACACGGCGCUUAACCCGAGAGAUUGCUAUCUUCGUCUAGUGGCAUACAAAAGUCCGACUGACAUCUUGCCGAAGUGACACCGAGGGUUUGAGCAGAAACACUUUUGGAUACAUUUAAAAACCCAUUGUGAAUUAUGUUGAAGAUGUGGGGGUUAAUAGAAAAACAACUUUGACAAUGUUCUGCGCUCUAAAGUGCAGUGUGGUGGUGCGGUCGAACGCACCUUUCAGCGCGGCAAUAAACGGAAGGAAAAUGCAGUAUAAGGUGCGAAAUGCAAGGCAUCUAUGAAGAACGUAUUCAAGAUGUGGUCGUCGAAAGUUAUCAGCUGCGUGGGGAUUUUUUGUCACCUAUUUGCAGUUUGCCUCCUCUGCGGGCAGUCCUGUGCACAGGUGUACAACCUCAGUCUCGCCGUUGAAGAGGGGCUACCAGCUAGAACAAUCGUUGGUGACAUAAGAGCUGGACUGCCUCAGAGCACUCAAACCAGUGGAUUUUUCAUAUCCGAAAGCAGAGAGUCCUACGUUUUUAGAGACCUAGAAAUAGAUGGAGAUACGGGAAUAAUUUCAACAGCUGUGGUCCUGGAUAGAGAGAAAAGAGACAGGUAUGAUUUUGUUGCUGCUACUCUGACAGGGGAAGUAAUUAAAGUAACCAUAGUGGUCAAGGAUGUAAAUGACCACUUUCCAGUGUUUCCUUCUCCUACUGUGCUUUUGAAUGUGUCUGAAUUAAGCCCACCUGGAACUCGCUUUGAAUUUGAGGGGGCACGAGACCAGGAUGAGGGUGACCUAGGGACUCAGGGGUACCGGAUUACGGACAGUGUAAUGCAAGAGCUCUUCAAGGUGGAGGUGCGCAGUGGAGGAGGCAGUGUGGACCUCAUCCUUUUGGACAAAUUAGACAGAGAAUCAAGAGACUUUUACAACCUCACCAUCGAGGCUUUUGAUGGCGGAAUUCCCCAGAAAACAGGAAGAUUGCAAGUGCAUAUUAAUGUAAUGGAUGAAAAUGAUAACCCACCUGUGUUCAACCAGACAGAAUACCGAGUGCUCGUUUGGGAAAAUGCCCCGCUCUUUACCCCUGUAUGUCAGGUAUAUGCCACAGAUCUUGAUUUAGGGGCGAAUGCCCUGGUCACCUAUGAGAUCAACCGGCGUCAAAGUGACCCCAAUGAGUAUUUCAUCAUUGAUGAGAAUACAGGAGUGAUCAGUGUAAACAGACCUUUAGAUCACGAGAUGCAAACUUUCUUUGAGCUGAUUGUUAGGGCUUUGGAUGGCGGGGCUCAACCAGAAUCCAGCAGUACUUUUGUGGGCAUUAGGGUCCUGGACAUCAAUGAUAACAGUCCCAGCAUCAGUGUCCUGUUUCUCAGUGGAUCCGGAGAGCCAGAGGUUUCUGAAGAUGCAAGCCCAGGGGAGUAUGUUGCCCGGAUAUCAGUCACUGACCCUGACUUAGGGGAGGGCAACAUGGUGUAUGUUGAUCUUCAAGGAGGAGAUGGCAAGUUCAUCCUGAAGCAAACUGAUGACUUUCUGUAUGCCCUGUGUGUGGCAGGGCAGCUGGACAGGGAGGAGGUUGACCUUUAUGAGCUGAAGGUCAUAGCUGCUGACUUUGGUGUGCCCCCCCUGCAGACCGAGAAGACUGUUUUGGUCAGAGUGUCUGACGUGAACGAUAACGCUCCUGUGUUUGAGCUGGAGUACUAUGUGGCCCAUAUUGUAGAAGAUGCUAAUCCAGGUAGCACCCUCAUACAGGUAAGGGCCCACGAUGCAGACGAGGCCCUCAACUCAGACCUUCUCUACAGCAUUCUUGAGUCCAAGUGGGAUAACCUCAUCAGAAUUGAGCCCCAGUCUGGCCUCAUCACUACAACAACAAGUCUGGACCGUGAGAAAGAGGCAGAGGUGCAUUUCCUGGUUGUGGCAGUGGAUGGAGGAUCUCCACCUAUGUCAUCCACUGCAACAGUCACCAUCUACAUUGAAGACGUCAAUGACAACAAGCCAGUGUUCGACCAGCAGCUGUAUAAUGUCUCCAUUCAGGAACACAUCGCUGUUGGGAGCUGCUUCUUACAGGUUACUGCUGUGGACGCAGAUGGCAGUGAGUUUGGGCUGGUGCGAUACUCCCUCUCCGACGGCUUUGACAGGGAGGACCAGCGGCCUCUCUUCCACAUCAACCCUCAGACGGGGGAAAUCUGUGUUGAUCAGGAUAUAGACCGUGACGCAGGACUCAUCACCUACGACCUCCAGGUCAAAGCUGAAGAUCAGGGCGGUCUCAGUGCCCAGGCAUAUGUCCAUCUUGAGGUGGAGGACCUGAAUGAUAACGUGCCCGUGUUUAACCCUGAGAGAUACAUCACAAGCAUCAGCGGACACACUCAGCCUGGAACAGAAAUCCUAAAUGUCAUCGCCACUGACCGGGACUCCGGCCUCUAUGGGCAAAUCACAUAUGAGCUCCAGGCUGGAGACUCCUCCUCUCUGUUCUCUGUGGACAGGACAUCAGGUGCGGUGUACCUGACCUCUGCUCUGGGCCACCUGGGCAGUGCCAGUGUGAAGUUCUCCAUUUCAGCUCAGGAUGGCGAGGGCCGGGCGUCUGCUCAGCCUGCCAACGUUACAGUCCACAUCCUCCACAGCGCCCAGGCCCCUGCCAUGUUCCAGCGCUCUCACUACUCCUUCUCUGUGUCGGAGGACGCACCCGUGGGCACCACUAUGGGCAUGGUCCAAGCCCUCAACCCUGCCAAUUCUGUGGAGUCCCUAUCAUACAGGAUAUCCUCUGGGGACCCCCAGGGCCUGUUCUCCGUGGACGCUCAGACGGGCGUCAUCACCACGAGACAGCCGCUGGACCAUGAGUCCCUCCCCUACGCCAUUCUCAUCGUCCAGGUACACACCGGCACCUCUCCGAUGUACAGCAGCACCCAUGUCAAUAUUACCAUCACUGAUGUCAACGACAACCCCCCCACAUUCGCACGGCCUUUUGACACCAUCACCAUUUCCCAGAACACCCUUCCCGGCACGCUGCUUUUCAUUGCACACGCUCACGACGGUGACAGUGGCUCCAACGGAAGGAUCCGGUACUCCCUGCGAUCAGGGGAGAAACUUUUCUCCAUGGACUCUGUCCUAGGCACGCUGUGGCUCAAUGCCAGCCUCUCACGUAACCAGCAGGCAUCGCACACAGUAGAGAUAUUGGCAGAGGACGAGGGCUCACCAGUGUUGUCCUCACGCUUGACUUUAAUUGUAGAUGUUGAUCAGUCAUCUGCUGCUGAAGACACAUUAGCCUUUGAGACGCUGGUGUACCAGGUGGAGAUUGGGGAGAAUGCCCAGAGGGACACCCGGGUCAUCCAGGUGCGAGCCCACAUGAGCCCCCAGGGGAGAGCAGCCACGGCCCCCUCCAGCCCCAGCCUCUCGUACACCCUGGAGUCCCUCUCUGGCUCCCCUCCCUUCCUCAUUCACCCGGAGAGUGGCUGGAUGUUUCUCUCAGACAGCCUGGACUACGAGGUCCAACCCGUAUACCGGUUCCGGGUGCGGGCCUCGGCGAGCGAUGGUGAGACGGAGGUCAGCGCCAUGGCUACAGUAGUCGUCAUGGUACUGGAUGAGAACGACAACGCGCCAGUUUUCAGCCGGAGGGACUACUUUUUCACCGUGCAGGAGGGGCCCGCUCCACUGGGUCUGAUCGGCACGGUGAAGGCAACAGACCGAGACUCAGGAAAGAACGCCCAGCUGUCCUACAUCCUGUUGUCAGAUGGGAAACACUUCCGCAUCAACUCCAAAACAGGUGAGAUCAUAAACUGGGUGGCUUUGGACAGGGAGCAGCAGACCCAGCAUACUCUUAAGGUGAUGGUGACGGACCAGGGACACCCACGCCUCAAUGCCACAGCGACCAUCCACAUCCUGGUGACAGACAUCAACGACAACCCUCCUCAGUUCACACAUCUGCCCUCUGGAAAAGAGCUCAAUCUCCAGGUGUGGGCUGGUUUACCAGUUGGCUCGGUGAUAACCAGCAUGUUUGCCAAGGACCUGGACGCAGGGGAGAAUGGAACAGUCAGGUUCUCUCUGGAAACGGACACGGACCACUUUGAGAUUGACCAGCGCAGUGGAGACAUUAGGACAUCCACCCAGUUCUCCCAGAGUCCUCAGACACACUACACAUUGGCCGUGGUGGCCAGGGACGGAGGCCCAACCCCCCUGGAGGAGAAAGCUGUAAUUCACCUGCAGAUUCUCAACAUUGGGAAAGUGAAAGCCCGCUCUGAAUCGGGCAUCAAACACUUCUCGGUGCGAGAGGACGCCAAGGUGGGCACCGUCAUUGGCUGUCUGGGGCUGUCCAGGGCACCCGCCGGGCAAGUGCGCUACUCUAUCGCGGAGGGGGACGGCAGUCUGCACUUUGGAGUGGACGUGUCAUCUGGAGAUCUGUACGUGGCUCAGCCUCUGGACUAUGAGGCCACCCAGCGCUACACCCUCUCUGUGCAGGCGUUGGCACUGCCAGCCGUCAACACCUCCAUGCUGGUGGUGGUGGUGGUCAGGGACAUGAAUGACCACGCUCCCUGGUUCCCGGGUGCCGACGCCGUCCUGUCGUUUGGAGUCAAAGAAGAUGUGGCCGUGGGGACUGCGGUGUAUGCCUUUAACGCGCGGGAUGCAGACGGGAGCGUGCGUUACAGUGCCCUCCGUUACUCUGUCACCUAUGACAUCUCAUCCGGUGAGGAGGAGCUGCCGUUUCAAGUCGAUCCCCACACAGGAGUCCUCACGACCACCGCACGGUUGGACCGCGAACGCUCUCCUAUGUACAUUGUCACCGUGACCGCCACUGACCAGCCGGAGAAGACAGACAAUCAAAAGCAGGCUUCCAUCACUGCCCAGGUGUUCCUGCUGGACGUCAAUGACAACAGUCCUGCCUUUGUUUCUAUGGACACCAUCCAUGUGGCGGAGGACACGGAAGUUGGGAGUUUUGUGCAUCAUGUCAUCGCCAGGGAUACAGACGAGGGGAAAAAUGGGCAGGUGACCUACAGCUUGCUGUCUGAGAAUGAAGACAGUCUUUUCUCACUGGACAAGACAGGCCUCCUACAUUUGGCCUCCUCUCUGGACUAUGAGAGCAGGUGUGUGCACACUCUGAGCGUGCUGGCCUCGGACCAGGGCCACCCGCCGCUCUCCUCCACCCAAACCCUCACGGUGUCUGUGGGCGACGUCAACGACCAGGCCCCCCAGUUCCAGCAGAGCGUCUACAAUGCCAGCGUGUCUGAGAACCGAGAGCCUGGAGAACAUGUCAUCACUGUCUCUGCCUUUGAUGGAGACUCAGCUGAAAAUGCUGCCAUUUACUACAGUCUGUUGCCUGGCCCUGGCUAUGACCUUUUCAGCAUCAACUCUCACACGGGAGAGAUCUGUACUUCUGCACAUCUCGACCGCGAGCUUCAUCAGACCUUCACCCUGAGAGUCCAGGGUCGAGACAGUGGGCUUCACUCCCUGUCAGGCACCGCCACCGUCCUGUGUUCUGUUCUGGAUGAGAACGAUAACGAGCCGGAGUUCACGCAGCCCUCAGUGCACAUCAGCAUCCCAGAGAACCUCCCUCCCGGAGUGGUCCACACGGCCCAGGCCUCCGACCCCGACAGCGGCCUGAACGGCUCCAUCACAUACUCACUUCACCACGAUGCCACUGGUGGUUUUGAGAUCAAUCCAACCACCGGAGCUGUGAGUAUAGUACAGGCCCUGGACAGGGAGGAGCAUGAGAAUUACACCCUGCUCAUCACUGCCACAGACCAGGGUCCCACUGCCCGAAGCUCCACCACCCAGCUCCUCAUCACACUGCUGGAUGAGAAUGACCACAGUCCAGCCUUCACCCGCAAGAGCUACCGCGCCACCGUCAGCGAGGCUCUUCCCGUGGGCUCAGAGGUCCUCCGUCUGAUCGCGCGGGACCCUGACCUGGGCCCCAACGGCGAGGUGACCUUCUCUCUGGCCGAGGACUCUCUGGGGGCCUUCUCAGUGGACUCCUCCACAGGGGUGGUCCGCACCAGCAGGCCGCUGGACCGCGAGACGCGCUCGCAGUACAGUUUCCGCGCCGUGGCAACGGACGGUUGCAGCCAGGGACCUCGCAGCUCAGUCGCCAUGGUGACCGUGCAGGUCGAGGACGUCAACGACAACCCGCCUGCCUGCCUCAGUGAGCCCAUCCGCGGGUCGGUCACAGCGGGGACGGCCAAGGGGAAGACUGUGGCCGUAGUUGUGGCUGAGGAUCCAGAUCAGGGAUCUAAUGGCACAGUCGUGUUUAGCUUGACGGAGGGAGGUGAAGGAGAGGACAGCGGGGGAGGAGGAGCGUUUGAAAUUGGGAGGUCCUCUGGGGAGGUGCGGCUCAUGACCCCGCUCCCUGAUGGAGCCUCUGGAACGAGGGUGCUGCGUGUGCAGGCUGCAGAUCAGGGCCAACCCCCUCUCACCUCCACCUGCCUGGUGCUCCUGCAUCUGAACGCAGAAGAGGAUGGGCUCCGCUUCACCCAACCCAUCUAUGAGGUGGCCAUUCCUGAGGACAGCAAAACUGGUUCCUGGGUGGCGAAUGUGGUGGCCCACGAUGAGAAUCCAGAUGGAGGAGCCAUAAUCUAUAGCAUCUUCAAUGGCAAUGAGAAUGAGGCCUUUGUCAUAAAUCCUCUCACAGGUGAUAUAACAGUGAAGGACCAGAGUUGCCUUGAUUAUGAGAAUGACAAGAGAGUUUAUCUGGUGGUGCUGGCAGAAAACGGCCAGCAGACCACCUAUGCUCGGGUUACUGUCAAUCUCCAGGAUGUGAACGACAACAUGCCCACAUUCAAACAGACAUAUUACAGAACGGCAGUCUGGGAAGGCCAAAUCCAUAACACAUAUGUCAUGCAGGCAUUUGCCACUGAUGCUGAUAGCGGUGUGAACGGGCAACUUGACUAUUCCAUUGUGUCCGGAAACCACAAUGAUGCGUUCAUCAUCGACUCAAUGAGGGGAAUUCUGGCUACUAACACAGUCCUGGACCGGGAGAUCGUCUCAUCUUACAAGUUGGUGCUGCAGGCGGUGGACAGGGGCAGCCCCCCUCUCACGGGCACCAGCACAGUGAGGGUUCAGGUGGUGGACGUGAACGACAACAGCCCUGCCAUCCCACCCAUGGAGCCAGUGGUGAUCGCUGAGAAUCUGCCCCCAGGCUAUGUUGUAACCCAGGUUACUGCCAACGACGUUGACCUUAGUUCCACUGUGACUUACCAGUUUUUGGGAGACGUUGCAACCAAUGGGAGCUUUGCCAUUGACCGCUACACUGGGAUCAUAACCCUGACUCGUACUCUUGAUCAUGAAGAGGGCACUGAGUACAUCCUGAGUGUGCAGGCCUCAGACUCCAUCCACCACACAGAGGCCAACAUACAGGUCCAUGUGCUAGACGUCAAUGACAAUGCUCCAAUUUUCUCUCAGGAAUCAUAUCAGGUGACAUUGCCAGAACUGACAUCCUCCAAUACGUUUGUCCUGGCGGUGUCUGCCACAGACAGAGACUCCGGUCUCAACGGAAAGAUUUCCUACAGACUUCUGUCCUCUCCUCUGAAAGGUUUCUACAUUGACACAAAAAAUGGCUCUGUGUUUACGAACAAACCUUUGAAGUACGUGUCUAAUGGCAACAUGAUCCAGCUCCUGGUUGAGGCCCGGGACAGUGGAGACCCCACCCUCUCUAGUGUGACCUCUGUGGAUAUACAGGUGCAGGAUGCCAAUGACCAUGCCCCUUACUUCCUGCAAAACACCUAUCAGGUGACAUCACCUGAGGACACGCCCCUGGGCAGCACCCUCUUGACCCUUACAGCUGAUGACGAGGACUAUUCCGGAGAGAACACCUUCCUUGAGUACACCAUUACUGGAGGCAAUGAAGAGAGACGCUUUUGCAUGGAGGUCAUCACGGUUCAUUUGGAGGAUCAGCCGAGGACUGUGGCCCACUUGGUCCUUUGUGAGUCAGUGGACCGUGAGACCACAGAGGCUUACUCUCUGACCGUGACUGUGUCUGACAGGGGAGUGCCCCCACUCAAUAGCUCAGCCACUGUGGCUGUGACCAUCCUUGAUGUAAACGACCACUCUCCUGUUUUUGGUAGCUCGGAGUACCAUGCCCAGGUCCGUGAGAACAGUCUACCUGACACUGUUCUUGUUCAGGUGUUGGCUCAUGACCCUGAUCAGGGGGUUAAUGGAAUGGUCAAGUAUGACAUAAUCUCUGGAAAUAGUAGAGGUCAUUUGAGGCUGGAUCCCUUGAAUGGGGUGUUAGAGGUCAACCAUACUUUGGACUAUGAGGAGGAGUCCAAAUACACCUUGACCAUACAGGCAUCGGACGGAGGUCAAGGCAACAGAAGAGUUUCUUUUGCAGUCAUUUUCAUUUCUGUGCUGGAUGAGAAUGACAACUCGCCAUACUUCAGCUAUCCCACUGUAAACUGCUCUGUGCUAGAGAACCAGCCAGCCUUCACCCCAGUGUGCAUGGUCCAUGCGGUCGAUCAGGACGCUGGGCCGUUUGGUAGGCUCACCUACUCCAUCUUGUCCUCUUGCUUCAUGGACUAUGGUAGUGGUAACCCCGACAGGAAGGAGGCCUUCGCCAUUGACCCUCUGACUGGAGACAUCUACACCAGGCAGACCUUUGAUUACGAGAGGGAGAGCGAGUACUGUUUUGUUGUGGAGGCCAGAGACAAAGGUGAUCAGCUGGCAACAGUCAGGGUGCAAGUAGACAUUGAAGGGAUGGAUGAGUUCAGUCCAGUGUUCACCCAAAAGCAGUAUCGCUUCCUCUUGCCGGAGAACUCUCGACUAGGACAGACUCUGGGCCAGAUUGUGGCCAUGGAUCAUGACGGGGGCUUAGAUGGAGCUGUUGAGUACUCCCUGGUCGAACUAUCUCCUUUCUUUAGUGUGAAUAAAACAACAGGUGCCAUCUAUAUUUCUGGCCCAGUGUACAGAAGGAGAGGUAGCUCUGCCACAGAAGGCAUAGUUCAGCUUCGGGUGUUGGCCAGCAGUCCAAAGUUUGAGUCCAGGUUCAGCUCAUGUGUGGUCACUGUAAACAUCUCCAACUCAGCAGAGGCUCUUACAGGGAUGUCUUUGAGUGUGCAGACGCUCAGCCUCAGCGCCACACUGACUAUUUUCCUCCUGCUACUGAUAAGCUUUGUUGCCCUUGUCCUGCGGUACAAGACCAAAGAAGCUGCACUCAAGAAAGCAGCCUCUAUUGCCGCCAACCUGAACCACGGAACUGGCACAUUUGGACGGAAGGGUAGAUCCCAUCAAAAUGGUAUAAACCUACAUGAAAUGCGAUGCCAAAUGCGCGCAAAGCUGGACAUCUCCCACCCCUUGCAGAUGUCUGACCCGAGUCUACGGGGAUCAGCUGAGGGUGAGACUGCAGAGGACCAGGAGAUCAAAAUGAUCAAUCAGUACCCCUGCCGCCAGAGAUCAGGGUCGGCCCUCAGCGACCAGGGAUCCCAGGCGCUAGACUCGGGCCUCGCCAGGGAUUCAGACCAGCUGUCCUGCCACUCAGAGGAAAGGGAGCCUCCUACUGUCAGCGCAUCAUUUCCUGUCAGUCUGGGGGCAGGUAUGGCCAGCGCUGAGAGCCUUCAUCAUUUCAAGGAGGAGGGCGGCGGUGAGGGGAUGUUGCCCCGUGUGCUAAAUAUUAGGGAUUUGGAGGAUAGGUGUUACAUCCCUCUGAACGACAGUCAGGCAGCCGAGGGCUCGUUGGCAUCACUGAUCUGCCCGGAGGAGCAGCUGAGGGGCAGCUACAGCUGGGACUACCUGCUCGGCUGGGAACCCCGCUUCCAGCCCAUGGCGUCCGUGUUCAGUGACAUCGGUUCACUGCCCGACGAGGAGGCCAUCAGCCACAGCUCAGCGUCGGAACUGGCUAGCCUGAUGCGCCCGCCACCACUCAUCACUGCAGUGGCACAGCCGGGCAUACGGGCUGUUCCUCCGAGGAUGCCUCAUAAAAUGGCAACCCUGGGGAGGCGACCAUCUUACCCCAAAUAUGCCUACUCUCCACUGGGCCGCAACACAGGACUGACUCCCUCAGCCAUGACGCCCAGUUUCUCCCCCUCUCUGUCCCUGCUCACCAUGAGGACACCCAAUGCCUCCCCGGUGGUCUCUGAGACGGGGCUGGGGGUACGCACCAGCACCCUACCUGGUAGUUUCAUCUGUGAGGGGGAAAUACAGGUCUAACCUUCUGGGAGCACAUGUAAUUGAGGGCAGUUUUAAUCUGAAAUGAAAAUGGCUCAUCUGAAAAAGAUGUGUGUCUCUGUCUGGAAUGUCACUUAGAAGUGCAUUUUCAGUGGUGAAGUCAUAUUUUUAUGUCAGAUGUCUUGAAAUAAGAAGGAUGUUUAAUGUUCAUAUAUUGGACCAGAUGAUGUCCUAAAUUGCAGAGAUCCAAGGAGUCUAUGAAAUCUCUACAUAGUUUAUUUUAUAUGGAAUUGUAGUUUUUAUGUUACCAGUGUGCUUUACCAGGGUGUGCUUUGUGACUGUGAUCACAGCAGGUCGGCACUGCCAAAUGAUGUCUAUUAUGUCUCUGAUCGGAUCUAUUCUUAAGGAAAUCCAGCUGAACGUCACGUGAACCUAAAAGGAUAAAAACACCAAUUGUACAACUAAGCUCAAACAUUAAGGCCAGCUUCCCCUGUCUUUGAUGACUGUUCCAGUAUAGAGAUAUGAUCUACUAAACACUCUCAUUCAUUCGUCUUGUCUAUUUGGUCUAAUCACUUCAUCACUCACUUCCAUUAUGAAAAACAAUACAGAGGUUAGACGGAGAUCUGUCCAAUAUUGCAUUGUGUGGUUCACCAUCUCAAGGGAAAUCACUUAACGUGAAAUUCAUGUGAAGAACCAUCUGUAAACAGUAUUAUAUUUAUUUCAGUUUGAAGGAUUCUACGGUCUCUCAAACAGCAUCAUGUCCGUGCCACAGCUGACUGCGCUUUCCUUGGAUCUCAUCAGAGGUGUAUUUAGGCACCUUUUUCUUGUUGUAUAUAUUGAAUGAACCACUUUGAAACUCACACAAAUCUCAAAUUCAUAAUGCUUGAGUAUCAUAAAAUUGCUGAUCAAGAAACACUAUGCAAGUUAAAAACAAUGAGGGUAAAUUUCUCUCUAUAGAGUAAUGGGUGAAGAUUAGAAUCUUUUUGCGGCUACCAGUCACCAAAGAUAUCUGCAGAAAGAACUUUUUUUGUGUCUUUCCCUCCCUGCUUGAUUUAUUUAGUUAUGGACUAACAAUAAUAAACACACGAAACAUACAAACACUACAAUGUAUGUAUGUACCUGUACUUCAGUAUAUUGUUAACAUAAACUUCAUUUUGUGUCAGUUUCAGCAGUUUUGCAAAGCUGUGCUGUGAGAUUUUUUUUUUUUUUUUUUUUGGAAACUUUUUGGCACUUUAUUGUACAGUGAGUAUUAUCUGAAAUUGAUUUUUAUAUUGUUAAUAUUAAUGUCAGUUUGAUAAAUGGUUAAUUGUUUGCUAAUCCUAAAUUGAUGAUGGGAUGAAUUAUGGUAAAUGUGUUGGACACAUAAUUGUGAUAAUAAAUGGAUGAUCUCA